AUUUUCACAGAGUAGGCGUGAGAAAAGCAUGGCAGAGAUUCUAAACCUAGGAGGUCCGAUAAUCCUAAGUAGGAGGAAGCUGUCUUCCCGUUCCCAUUUCCAAUUGACUAAGCAUGACUCCAUCACCCAAUGGAGUCGUUUGCAGCACAAGCUCAGAAGCAACGGCAGAUUCCUUUGCCUUUUCUCAGAUAACAAAAGAGAGGAACAAGCUAGAAAAGCAUUAGAAGGUGCACUAAGUGGGAAGAAAAAUGAAUUCGACAAGUGGGACAAAGAAAUCAAAAGAAAAGAAGAGCUGGGAGGUGGAGGUGACACUGGUGGAGGAGGUUGGUUUGGGUGGGGUAGAUGGUUUGGCUGGUCUAAUGAUGAUAAUUUUUGGCGAGAAGCAAAACAAGCUAGUCUUACUUUACUGGGUAUCGUUCUCAUGUAUCUCCUAGUUGCAAAAGGUGAUUUGAUCCUUGCCAUCACCUUCAAUCCAUUGCUGUAUGCACUACGGGGAGUGAGAAAUGGAUUUGGUUUCAUAACAUCAAAAAUCUCGACAAAUACUUCUACCAGUAAUCAGCCUGAUUUUGAUGGCUUUUUGAAGAAGGAAGAUUAUAAGCAUGCUUCUGCUAAAGAGAAUGUUGUAAGAAAAUGGGGUAGUGACUAUUGAGUAACUUGCUUUUUACGGGUUUGGAAUGACCCCUCUGGGUUCAUUCUACAUCACCUUUGCUCCAUGCAAAUCUUAGUGCGGCGAUUAUUUGAGUAACUUAAAAGUAAGUUUGUUUGAUUUGUUUUGUUUUUCCCUUUCCUUCGCAUCUAAACAACUUUUAAUUUUUGUUUAUUCUAUUGUUAUCUUGAGAAGUUUGUGAGGGUUCAAAAGCUCCUUCACAAGCUUGCAAUUGAUAAGGAAAUUUUGUUUCU